CCCACCUUUCCCGGCCGCCUGGGAGCGUCGCGGCCGCCGCCAGGAGGCGGGGACAGAGCAGGGCGGCUGACGCUCUCGGGGCAGAAGAGAGCCAACGCGGGGCUGGCGGAGGGACUGACCGCGCGGCCAGACGUGACCCGGAGGACCGAGGAUCCCAAACAACAAGGAACCGCCCAACAUGGCAUCGGAGAGCGGUAAACUGUGGGGUGGCCGAUUUGUGGGUGCAGUGGACCCCAUCAUGGAGAAGUUCAACUCGUCUAUCGCCUAUGACCGGCACCUGUGGGAGGUGGAUGUGCAGGGCAGCAAGGCCUACAGCCGGGGCCUGGAGAAGGCAGGGCUCCUCACCAAGGCCGAGAUGAACCAGAUACUCCUUGGCCUGGACAAGGUGGCUAAGGAGUGGGCCCAGGGCACCUUCAAACUAAACCCCAAUGAUGAGGAUAUCCACACAGCCAACGAACGGCGUCUGAAGGAGCUCAUUGGUGAAACUGCGGGGAAGCUGCACACAGGACGAAGUCGGAAUGACCAGGUGGUUACAGACCUCAGGCUAUGGAUGCGGCAGAACUGCUCAGCACUCUUGGCCCUUCUAUGGGAGCUCAUCAGAACUCUGGUGGACCGGGCAGAGGCGGAACGUGAUGUCCUCUUCCCAGGGUACACGCACCUGCAGAGGGCUCAGCCCAUCCGCUGGAGCCACUGGAUCCUGAGCCAUGCAGUAGCACUGACUAGAGACUCUGAGAGGCUGCUGGAGGUGCAGAAACGGAUCAAUAUCCUGCCCCUGGGGAGUGGAGCCAUUGCAGGCAAUCCUCUGGGUGUGGAUCGGGAGCUGCUCCAAGCAGAACUGAAUUUUGGGGCUAUCACUGUCAACAGCAUGGAUGCCACCAGCGAGAGAGACUUUGUGGCUGAGUUCCUGUUCUGGGCUUCGCUGUGCAUGACCCACCUCAGCAGAAUGGCUGAGGAUCUCAUCCUCUAUGGCACCAAGGAAUUCAGCUUUGUGCAGCUCUCAGAUGCCUACAGCACUGGAAGCAGCCUGAUGCCCCAGAAGAAAAACCCAGACAGCCUGGAGCUGAUUCGGAGCAAGGCGGGGCGAGUGUUUGGGCGGUGUGCUGGGCUCCUGAUGACACUCAAGGGACUUCCGAGCACCUACAACAAGGACUUACAGGAGGACAAAGAAGCCGUGUUUGAAGUGUCAGACACCAUGAGUGCUGUCCUCCAGGUGGCCACAGGCAUCAUCUCUACACUGCAGAUUCACCGUGAGAACAUGGCACAGGCUCUUAGUCCUGACAUGCUGGCCACUGACCUUGCUUACUACUUGGUCCGCAAAGGGAUGCCAUUCCGCCAGGCCCACGAGGCCUCUGGGAAAGCUGUGUUCAUGGCCGAGACCAAGGGAGUUGCCCUCAACCAGCUGUCGCUGCAGGAGCUACAGACCAUCAGUCUCCUGUUCUCAGGUGAUGUGAGCCACGUGUGGGACUAUGGGCACAGUGUGGAGCAAUACGCUGCCCUGGGUGGCACAGCACGCUCCAGUGUCGACUGGCAGAUUGGCCAGGUGCGAGCCCUGCUGCAGGCACAGCAGGCCUAGAGCCCUCCCCACCCACCCCCAAAUAAAGUGGGCCCGAGAGGAGGCUGU